UUUUGUCUUAUUGGAAUAUGAUGACGAUUGGCUAGUUUUUCCUAGGUAAAAGGGGGUACUCAGCCGUUUCUUUUUAAAAGUUUGAACCUAAAUGCUCUGCCUUGUAAAGGCUGGGACACAGGUUUAAUUUUCCCCUCAAUGGUAAGUUGCAGUUCACAAAUAGAGUUAUUCUUGGGACAGUGGCUUUAGCUCACAAAUAUACCAAAAAUCGCCAUAAAUUCUCGGUAGCUUUUGCUUUUAGUUGAAGGUGGGAUUCAUUAGCGUACUUUCAAAUUCUAUGUCUGCACUGAGUCGGCACUUUCCAGUAGUCCAGGUUUCAGGUUUGAGUUAGGAGAUUCUCUCAAGUUUAUUCACCGCAGUCAAGGUGUUUGAUUAAAUUACUCUCAGAAUUACGAUUCCGCCAUCUCACAUUUUGGAUUGCUCGAGUUUAUUUCAGCUACCAAAAAGAAGAUUGGGACAAAUGAUAUCACAGAAGAUGAAAAAGGCUGUCAUGGACAACCCUAAGAAACUUGCCAAUUUGAUUGACCUAGUGAAUCUCCCUUCAACACUAAGAGAGUUCAUGGGUCAGUCGCAGAGCUCUCGGUUGGGUUGUUUUAGGCGUGUUUGGUUAUAUAUCAAGGAAAACAAUCUCCAGGAUCUAAACAAUAAGAACAUUGUCAACUGUGAUGAAAAGUUGAAGCGCAUUUUGUUGGGCAAGUCUCAGGUCGAACUUGUUGAGCUUCCCAUGCUCAUCAAGCUGCAUUUUCCAAAGAAGCCAGAAUGAUAAUCAAAACUUCAUUAAGGACGUGUAUACUCAGCUGGGCCUUGUGAGCAAAAUAUUCCAAUUGUUUUGGAGGGCAAAUGUGUUGUUUAUGGAGUUUAACCGAUGACUGACAUGGGAUACUCCUACUUGAGGUUGUGCCAAUAUAUUUGGUGGUAGAAGUUUCUAGAAUUAUUCUUCAUUAUUUUUGGUCAUUUUACUUUUUGGGGGUUUUGGAGUUCAUCCCUGAUUGUAAGGAUUUAUGUUCCUGUUAUGGUUGUGUUUAAAGGUUUACCUGUUUAAUGUCUGAGCCAGGCAGAUAAAUAUAUGAGCAGAGCCAUUAAAAUAUUUACGUUCA